GAUAUGCUAGCAGUCUCGUGGCACACACGGGAGGAAGCACAGACCAACUGUGGCUUUGGAAUCCAUAGAAGAGGGUGUCUGAAGGGAGAAAGGUGCUAUGGCGCUAUAAAGAGGAACUGCAGUCCGUUAUACUGUAUAUAAGGAAGGUACCAUCUGAACAGACAGAACAAACCAGAGAGCCUUUGCCAGCUUCUCAAUGGAACUCAGGAUAGUCACCCUGGUUUUGCUGUUUACCUGCUUGAAUGGAGAGUUGAGCAAACCUCAUAUACUGCAGCGGCGAGGACUACUUGAGUUAGCUGGGACCAUUCGCUGUGGAACUGGCCGCUCUGGUUUACAUUACAUUGGAUAUGGAUGUCACUGUGGACUAGGAGGACAAGGAGUGCCAAAAGAUAACACUGACUGGUGUUGCCAUAGUCAUGACUGUUGCUAUGAAUUUGCAGAAAGAUAUGGGUGCAAAACCAAAUUGGGACACUACAGCUGGACCUGUGAAGACAAGACUGUAAAAUGCGGUGACAUGCAGGAUUGGUGCCAAAAAACUGUGUGCAAAUGUGACAGUGAAUUUGCCAGUUGCUUAAGUAAAACCAGAUUCAACUACAAGCACAUCUUGUAUCCGAAUUUCCUUUGCAAGAAACGUACACCGUCAUGCCAAACAAGUGAUGACUGGUUUUCGGACAUUGACUAAACAUCUAUUCUGCACAAAAUGCCCUAGCCUAACAACAGUAGUAGUCGGAUUCGUCUUAAAGGGACAGUUCAGUGUAAAAAUUAAAAACUGUGCAAAACAAAACAUGUUUCUAACAUAGUUAGCCAAA